GGGUCCUCAGGCCGCAGGAUUCGAACCGAACGUCCGCUCGGAGCCGGGAGCUGGCCGAGCGGCGCGGGCCAAUCAGCGGCGGUGGCUCGCGGCCCCCGAACGUUGGGACACAGCCCCGCCCCGCACUGUUGUUUGCGUGUCGGCGGCCGCGGGAGCAGGACCACAACACUCGUCGGGCGGGCUGCGGGGCAGCGAGGGUCCGCAGGCCGCGGGCGGCGGCGAGCUCGAGCCGAGGGCGGCCGGCCUCCCGCGGCCGCCGAGCUGGAUUACGCGCCGGCCGGAGCCAUGUCGGUUAACACGGAUGAGCUGCGGCACCAGGUCAUGAUCAACCAGUUUGUGCUGGCCGCAGGCUGCGCGGCCGACCAGGCGAAGCAGCUGCUGCAAGCGGCCCAUUGGCAGUUCGAGACCGCCCUGAGCACGUUUUUCCAAGAAACCAACAUUCCCAACAGCCACCACCACCACCAGAUGAUGUGCACCCCCAGCAACACGCCAGCCACGCCGCCCAACUUCCCGGACGCCCUGGCCAUGUUCUCCAAGCUCCGCGCCUCCGAGGGCCUGCAGAGCGGCGGCCCCAUGACGGCUGGGGCCUGCUCCCCGCCUGCAAACUUCAGCCCCUUCUGGGCCUCGUCCCCUCCCAGCCACCAGGCCGCUUGGAUGCCACCCUCCUCCCCAACGGCCCACAGCUGCCACCACCAUCACCACCCACAGCCCACGUGGCCCCCCGGCGCACAGCAGGGGGGUGCGCAGCAGAAAGCCAUGGCUGCUGUGGAUGGCCAGAGAUGAGACUGGACGCCACCGCGCUAGGCCGUCCGGGGUUGUGGGGACAGAGGAAGGCCAGGGUUGGGGGCUGGGGUGGGGCGGGGUUUCCUGAAGAUCGCACUGGAAGAUUUUAUAAAGGAAUUUUGGAGGGUGGGGGGUAGUAGACCUCCUGAGCCACUUGGGUCCUUCAGGAGUUUCUCUUCAGGCAAGUUUUUUCUGUUUUUAAUAUAUAACUAUAAUAUAUAAAUAUAACUAAUGUAUGUGAGCCGGCCGGCCAGCCUGGGGUCAGAGGGAAGGGUCAGAAGGCGCUCACCUGUGGUCAGCACCCCUCCCUCCGCCCCAGGCCCAGGGCCGGUGCUGUUGGGCCAGGCGGCAGGACGGCGCGGGCACGAGGUGUCUGCUGGCUGCCUCCUUUCAAGGGCGCGCCUUCUGUUGUGGGGCGGGGAGGCCACCAGCAAGUAGUGGCUGCUGGAGGGGCCCCCGCAGGUCCCUGGGCAUCAAAGAUGUGGGGACCUCAGUGUUCACAGGACAUCCCUGUGCCCCGCUGGUGGCUGGGACUAGAGAGCCUGCGAGGGUCAGGGGCCCAGGCUCUGCCCGGUUCAGGUUCGCCCCUCCCACUGCGUCCAGGCCCGGCGGAGCGGUUGCCCUCGGAGCUCAGAGCUCGCCGUUCCCAAAUCAGUCAUUUCACCAGGGUGACAUUUUCAUUUUAAGACUUAAAAGAGACUUUUCUAACUUC